UCGGCAAAGAUGAGUUUUGCUACACAAAUUUCUAGCGGCCUUUUCGCUCCAAACAACAUUCCCUCCAGUAAAUUCUUCAAGCCUCUCAAUAUGGGUUCUUUCACCCAGUUCUCAGCAGGUCUUGUGCUGAGAGCUGGAGUAAAAGUUCCUGGCACUCUCAGCGUUCAGUCCCAUCCGUCAACCAAAGAGAGUAGCAUCAGCACUAUCAAGAAGCUGUUUGCCGGCGUGGACGAUGCUUGCGGCUUCUCAGCUUACGACAUGGGAUGGAUCGCACGAAUACCUCAUGCUCAUAACCCAGAACUUGGACCCCAGUUUCCUCAGAGCUUGGAAUGGAUCGUUCACAACCAGUGCGAUGAUGGGUCCUGGGAUCAAGGAGAAGAAGAUGCUCAGCGGGUUUGCAGCACACUGUCGUGUGUCAUUGCUCUGAAAACAUGGAACCGAAGGGAGUGUAGCAUCCAAAGAGGUCUAAGCUUUUUGAAAUCCCAGCGGCCAUUGGUCCACGAUAAACUUACAAGAGACAUGGAAGCCAUCUUGCAUAGACUAUUACAAGAGGGCAAAUCACUGGAUUUGGAGCUGAAUUAUGACGAAUCUUUUGUUCAACGUAUUUGUGAACAGGGUCAGGAAUUCCUUCAGAGCGUAUCAAAUGACGCGUUGGAUCAGUAUCCGACUUCUUUCGUCCAUAUACUUGAAGCGUUUCAUGAACGUGCGAAUUGGCAACAUCUUCUCAGAUAUCAAAGUAGCGGCGGAUCUUUGUUCUCUGUCACGCUGACGGCAUGCGCGUACAUGCACACCGGAGACAAAAAGUGCCUUCGUUUUCUAAACGGGGUCCUUGAAGGCCCAUUGACCAAGCCAAACAAGAACCGACACUUUCGCGGCUUAAGUCAGCUUUUGCGGCUUGCAGAGUGGCUUGAGCAUCUGGGAAUCGAAAGGUUCUUUGAGAAAGAAAUCGAGCAAACGUUGAUUCAAGCUUUCAGAUGUUGGAGAGGAAAUGCCGCAGGUAGCGGAAGUCAAAAACAUCUAGAAAGCUUUAAAGACUCUGCUCUUUUGUUCCGGAUUCUUCGUCGUCAUGGCUAUGAAGUCUCCCCAGACGUGGUACAUCAGCGAACAUUUUGCGAGACACUCGAUGUAAAGGAGCUGUCUUUGGCAUCACAUUUUCUCUUUCCUACUGAAAGCAGAAAAAUGCUGGACUCGACUCCAAUCAUUGAUGUCGCGAAUGAAGAAACGACGUUUCCAUGGUAUAAUAUAAUGCAUCGGAUCCAACACAUUGAAUACAUGACUAAAUUUACGGCAAGUAUGGAUUUCAUAAGCACAAGUGAACGAUCUUCGAUACUGGCCUUCGCAAAGUCCGACUUCAAUGCUUGCCAGAAGAUCUACCAGAAGGAUUUGCAGCAUGUUAUGAGGUGGAACGAAGAGUGCGGCUUUGGACGUCUGGGUUAUGCCCGGCAGAAAGACGUGUUCUGCGUUUUUACUGCUGCUGCAACCAUGUUCCAGCCGGAACUCUCUAUGGCUCGCAUUGUCUGGGCACAGAUGAGUGUUCUUACAACAGUCAUUGACGACUUCAUGGACACGCACGAUUCUCUCGACAAUUUGAGAAACUUUUGCACUGCCAUCAGAAGAUGGGAUCCGUCUGCCUCGGAGCUGAACGACGACGCUAGCAUUCUUUUUCGAGGAUUGUUUAAGACGGUUACAUGGACAGCCCAGUGUGCUUCCGCGGUACAAGGCAGAGAUAUGACGGCGAGCUUCCGAGCUCAAUGGGAAAGACUUUGCGAUGCGUUUUUUCGAGAGGCAGAAUGGAGGCUCACGAAUCACUGUCCCAGCCUUGAAGAGUACGUAGAAAACGGAAUCACGUCGUUUGCGCUGGAACCGAUCGUCUUAUCUACACUCCUUUUUCUGGACGAGAAAAUUGAGUCGGUGGUUCUCGACCAUCCGGACUGUAUCAACAUGUGCCGGAGGGUCUUCACAAUUGGGAGAUUGCUCAACGACAUCCAAGGCUUUGACCGUGAGAGCAGCGCGGGGGAGUUCUCAUGGAUCACGAUCUACAUGAAGGAGCACCCGGGAACGAGCGUGGAGGACGCGGUGGUGGAGAUAAGAAAGAUUCUAAAUGCAACGAUAGAGGAGCUGGUCGAGGACGUGCUCCGGCCCAGAGCAGUGCCUAAGAGAUGCAAGCGCGUGUUUGAGAACAUGAUGAGAAUUCUCAACUUUGUCUACCGUAAGGGCGAUGGAUACAGCACGGACGCUGAACUACGAGACCACAUCAAGCAAGUUCUUCACGCGAAACUGGAAUAAUCUAUAUAAUA